UUUUCCUAAAUUUCUUGAAAGCCAAAUACAGACAAAAGACAAAAUUAAAAAUAAAAAAUUUAAGCAUUAUUAGCUUAACUCCUAAUAAACUCCAUGACUGUCACUUGGAGAGACAACUCGAGCUUCCCAAAAAAUGCUUCUCGUCAGCCCUUUAAGUUCCCUUAAUCUCAGAACCCUAAUUCAUUCCCGGUUAUGAUGUUCUCCGUGAGAUCAUCAUCCAUGGCGACAACUCACGGCAAAUCGAGAAAAGGGGAAAGGAGGACGGCGCCGAUGUCGGCUAUGGAAGCUCGGCUCUCGCUCGUAUUCGCGCUGGCUGCUCAAACUUCAUCCCUCUCCCAGCGGGUUUUGAUGGAGUUUGUGUAUGAGACCGCAAAAUAUGUGUUUCCGAGUAGGAGAUUUGAGAGCAGGAGCUUUGAGGAAGCAUUGAUGUCAGUUCCGGAUCUUGAGACUGUGGAGUUUAAGGUUCUCAAACGGAGUGAGCUGUAUGAGAUAAGAGAAGUUGAGUCUUACUUUAUUGCCGAGACAACAAUGCCUGGGAAGUAUGGAUUCGAUUUUGGUGGUGCAUCUCGAUCUUUCAAUGUGUUGGCCGAGUACUUGUUUGGUAAGAAUACUGGAGAGAAGCAAAUGGAGAUGACUACACCAGUUCUUACUCGUCGAACAAAAUCUGAAGGGGAGAAAAUGGAUAUGACAACCCCAGUUAUAACAAGAAGGCUGGAAAAUCAAAAUAAGUGGACAAUGUCUUUUGUCAUGCCAUCAAAAUAUGGUGCCGAUUUGCCGUUGCCAAAGGAUUCAUCCGUUAAAAUAAAAGAGGUGCCUAAAAGGGUAAUUGCAGUUGCUGCAUUUUCAGGGUUUGUUACUGAUGAAGUAGUCCAACGACGUGAAUCAUCACUCAGGCGCUUACUAAACGACGACCCUGAGUUUCGUGUAAAAGAGGAUGCCUCUCUAGAAGUUGCUCAGUACAAUCCUCCAUUUACACUUCCACUCAAUCGCCGUAAUGAAAUUUCGCUUGAAGUUGAAAGGAAACAAGCUUGACUGCAGUUUGUACUAUACAAAAUACCUGGUACAAAAUCCUACACUAAUUUAUGGUUCAAAUGUGAAGCUACAAUAGACAUGCUAUUAUGUUCCUAUCGUUAUGGGGUUUCGGUGUUUUCCUCUCUAACUUUCUCAAGAAAAUGUGUGUAUAGAAAUUAUUGUGAUACAUGAUGAUGUAAUAUAUAGUACUACAGAAGAAAUUUGUUGUUGAUAUUUGAUCUAAGGAUAUUUUUGAAUAUGAAUUUUCCUUUUAUGAGAAUUCCUUAUAUGAAACAAUAUAAUAUAAAGAAAUAUUUCAAAGGAGAAAAGAUAGAGAUCAAUCUAAACUUAAUUAACCUAACUAGUUAAUAAUUUUGUAUACUAGAAAUAUUGUUUUUAUUUUUUCUUGGAAUGAUGCUGGAAAGCAAAUAUGGCCCAAAUACAAAAAGUAAUCAUGAAGGCUACUGACUAGGCAACCAUGUUUUUUUAACAUAUAUACAUAUUCGAAUUGAAAUGUUACUCUCGAAAAAAUGAAUUUCAUACCAUAAGUAUGUAUUUUGUUAAAAAAAAAAUGUUGACGGUCGACCUGCCUAACGCUUAGGCUCCCUUGUACAAUAAUUUGUGAUUGAGACUGAGUCCAUUACUGACUGGGAAAUGGCAGCUUUUCCUUGAAUAAGCUUGUACAUGGAUAAUAGGAAAUAGUACAUAUGCAUAUGGAUAUGACUGCACAAAUCCUAUCUAAAAUAAAGGAUUUUUUUCAGCUCAAUACAGAUAUAUCAAGUUUUGCUAUAUGCUCUGAUUUACAGCUUGAGCAUUGUGCAUCUGUUUCAUAACAAAACACAUCACCUUUAAAAAUUACAAAUUUCUUCUUUAUUUAUUUAUUUAUGUGGACUGCACCUUCAGUAAGGGGCUAUUUUGUAGGGUAAACUGUAAAAGAUGACAGCAGCUUUUGACUUUUUGUAGUUGGUCUAAAAAACCUUAGGGACUGUUCAUGUGAUUUUCUUAUCUAAUUUGUCGAUUUAGACGAACAGCGAUUAGCUCUUUUUCUUAGUAUAAUCAAAAUUCUACACUUGUAAGAUUGCUUGAUACAUAUAAACUCCGAUCACGUAGCUUCGUAUUUCUCGUCGUAAUAUAACCAAGGAGUGUCUUUUACACUUGUGAUGAACACAAAAACUUCUUUCUAGUAUCUCUGUUAACCCUUAAAGGUGUGACUAUAAAGUAUAAACACUACUCUAGCAAGGUUUAGCCUAAUUACAAUAACACCCUCCAACAAUCUUGCAAAAAAUCACAUAUACUCCCUCCAAGUGGAGAGGUAUUUGCAGUUUCGAAAGAUAAACGGCAUACUCGUGUAAUCGACCCAAACCCAAAGAAAAAAAAAAGAGAAAAAAAAAAUGCUAGUCAACCAAAACUUCCUCCUGACUCAACAUGGCCCGAAGCUCUUGCUUGCUGAUAACGAGCUUGAUCCUCACGGUGCCAGCUGGCGCCGCCACCUCAGCUGGCCCAUCCGAGCCACUUUUCACGUCUUCGGAAAAACGAACCCUCUUCUUGCUUUGGUUCUCGUUUGCAGGCUUUUUUGGUGGCGGAGGUACCGUCAAGGGAAGCAGGUAGUACAAGCGGGCCCCGAGAAGGUCUGCGCUCGGGAGCAUGUGUUUCUUGGCGGGCAAGUUAUCGGAUAUCGCGUGGUGGGAGAAAUCGGACAGGACAUGGUGAACCUUAAAAGUGUGGAGAUUCUGAUGUGAAAAGGAAGAACUGUUGAAAAAGUGUGGAGAUUAUGUGAAGAGAUGAGAAAAGGAACAACUGUGGAGAUUAUGUUAUGUGAAGAGAUGAGAAAGGAAAGUGGUUUUUGAGGAGUAUGUGUUGAAGUUGGAUUUGAUCAUCUUGGAUUUGAAUUCAUGUGUGUACUGUGUAGUAUUUAUGAGGGGAAGAAUACCGGAGUUGCCCCUGUAGUUUGAAGAUAUUAUGAAAACGUGUUUGCACUUUUGGGGCCUACCAGCUUUUGAAUUUUUUUUUUUACUUUUUAGCAUGACUUAUGAUGAAAGUGCUUGAGAACCCUAAUCAGAACUGAUUUUGGGAGUAUUAAAGUUACUAGGGUGUGUUAAAAAAUAUUAUAUUUAAAUUUAG